AUGGAACUCAUGAGCACUGCAGUCCACAACUCCCAAGGAAUUCGCUCAAUCAUGGAAGGAGAGAAGCAUGAUAAACAGACAUUGCCAGAAAAGAGAGGAAUCAUUUCUGUUUGCUCUGCUCGGAGACAAAAGCUGGAUCUUUGGUCUUUGGAUCGUCUUUUCCGUCUCUUUGCUUAG